AUGGCAACAUCAGUUACUUGUAAGCAACCAUGCAUUAAAUGCGACAAAGCAGGAGGGAUUGCAAGUUGUGCAGGAUGUCAACAAUGGUUUUGUAUCAAACAUUUCAGCGAGCACCGACAAGAGCUUUCCAUGGAAAUGGACCAUUUAAGUGAAGAGCAUGACUUAAUUCAACAAGACUUACUGGAAAGUAAAAAUAUCGAAGAUCGUCUUCUGGUGAAUAUCAAUGAUUGGGAACAAAAGUCGAUUGAAAAGAUUCAAAUCGCAGCUGAACAAGCAAGAAUCGAUGUAAAGAAAUAUCUAGACGAUAAAAAACAGCAGAUGACGGUGUCAUUGCAUCAGAUAACGAAAGAAUUACAAUCAGGCCGUCAAUCAGAUGACUAUACCGAAGUUGAAUUGAAGAAAUGGCUGAAGCAGAUCAAAGAGCUUCAGGAAUUAUUGAAUAAACCAUCAAGCAUUCGCAUGUCUGACGAUCAUGACUCACAAUCAUCCAUCCAUCUCAUACGUAUUGCAUUAGAAAAAAAGCGUUAUCGCGAAAAAUAUUUGUAA